UAAACACAUCCCUGUGGAACCCCAUCGUAAGAAAACUGUGAGGAAAGGGAAGCACUGUUUGGAGCUGGGAGAGAAAAAGAAGAGGAAGCGGCAGCAGCAGCAUCAUUACACCUUCCCUGUCCAGUCUCUGCAGCGGUGUGUGUCCGACCCUUAACCUUAUGGACUAGAUUCUUCCUCAGGUGAAUUCUUCAGUGUGGGAUCCUUUUCUCUUUCUGUUUAUACACUCAACAAGAUGCAGGCACAAUUGGCAUGCAUGCUUCUCCUCUGUUUCUCAUGUGGUGGACUUUGUACAGACGUUGACCAGGAGCAGCGAACGGUCGACGAGGAGCUUCUCAGCAGUCUCUUCUCCUCUAAGAUGAAACAGAAUAAGCAGAGUGCCCCCUACUGGCGCGUGUCACUGACCAACCUGUGCAGGAUGGUGAGCAGCCUGUGGCAGGAGGCGUGGAGCGGCGAGGAGCAGGAGGACAGUCUGAUGGAUGGGAGCGUCCAGCUGCUGGAGGAUCUGUACAGCCUGCGGUACAUCUGCCGAGCUCUGCAGAGCCGGGAGGAGAGGCUACUGCAAGACUCUGUAGAAUAUUUAGGGGAGGACGGUGACGCUCUGCUGAAACGAAAGUCUCCCUACAUCCUGAAGAGGCAAACAGCGCACACCACCAAGUCCCGGAGGCCGUACAUCUUAAAAAGAAGUACAAAUUACUGACAACCAUCCCUGAGGCCGAGGUGACGCAUUAGGGGACCAGACAUUUACUUUUUGUGAAGAUGUGACUGUGUUUCUUUUCUCGCUCUUCUUGUAGCUGCAGUGUUUUAUUCCUUUUCCUGUUGUUGUUUUUAGCCAGACAAACCCUUCGGUUGUUCGUCCAGCAUCGCAGCCUGCCUGUAUCCUGCUCAGAUGUAGGUCCUGAAAAAAAAAUCCCAAGCAUCAAGCAAAAUGUGUAUCUCUGAGAAACUAUAUUUAUUUACUCUAUUUCUUCACUGCACACAAAGUCUGUUUUGUUUCAGGAUAUGAU